AUGGACACCAAUGGAAACAGCAAUGCUGUGUCAAACUCGUCGCAAAAGAGGCCUGCGCAGGACGCGCCUGAAACUUCUCGUUCAAAGCGCGCGAAAUAUACAUCUGCAGCUUGUUCCAGUUACAAACAACUGACAGAUGAUGUUUCUUUCCUUCGACAACAGCUCACCACGCUCAUGGGCACUGUGGCGGCCUUAGCAGAGAGGCGGGAUAGUCAACCGACUAUAGCUGCUGAACUUACACCGAUCUCACAACAGACAGCAAGCCCAACCUAUACCAGCACUACAAGUCAACGCACAUGUCCACCCCGGCAACCUCAAUUUGCAGGGCCUACACGUGCAGCAUUCAGUCUCAACAUUGUUGAGUCGUCUCUCAAUCGAAUGGGUAUACCUUCCAAUGUGCAAGAUCCGGCAGGCCACACAUCGUCAGUAUCGUCGCGAGAUGCAACGCCAGAGCCUACAACAGCAUUGGCUCAGCAUCUGCUUCGAUCCGGAGUCGAGGGGUUACAAGGUAUAUCCAACGACGAAAUCAUCAGACUUCUUGGUAUUUACCAGGAAGAAGUCGCUUGCGUACAUCCCAUCAUCGAGACAAAGGGCCUCAUCAGAGAUGCUCCACAAAUUAUGGAGAUUGUUAGACAUCCUCAGCAACCGAUCAGAUUACAAAGACUCGGGCGCAAAGACACGCAUAUACUAGGGCUAGCAAUUGCCACGGCCAUCACUCAUGAGAUACAUGGCAAGAACGGUUUAUCCGACCGACUGGUCUUUGAAGUUGAGCAGGACGUAGGCAGAAUCUCCAGCGAAACUGAGGUAGAGCUCAAGGACAUUCAGAUCAUGGGCAUGCUGAGUCUUUACUUCUGCCACACCGAAGAAGAGCUAUUUGCAUGGCGCGCGAUCGGCCGAGCUUGUCGUCAGGCUCUCGAGAUGGGUCUACAUCGCAAGCAGAGCCUUCUCGACAACUUCAAGGAUACCGAAGAGCGGGAGCUUGCGGUACAAGUGUUCUGGGUCGUGUACGAGCUAGAUCGACGAUGGAGUUUUGGCACCAGUUUGUCCUUCGCCCUUAACGAUCGCGAUAUUGAUACCCAGCUGCCAGAACCUGGGAAAGCAUACCCUUACCUGAAGGGAAUGGUCGCAUAUGCCAAGCUGUGCUCCAGAGUCUGGGAGGCAUUGCCCCCAUACGGGUCUGCAUUGCAGACGAUACCCAAAGAAACGGAGGACUAUCUUGACUUCAUAACUUCCAACUGGCUGCUAUCCAUACCACAGGAGCUACAGUUCAGGCAUCCACGCCUUGGUCUUGCACCGAAGUCUCAGCCCCGGCUGUUGCAUCGUCUGCGCACACUACUCUACCUUCGUGGGAACCACAUGCGUACAUUGAUCCACCGACACCAUGUGCUUACGCCAGACAACAUCAAGGCGGAUAUGCAGUCUGCACAAUUAGUCGUUGAUAUUGCGAAAGACAGCAUUCAGGUGUUGGUGCAUCUCAAUGAAACGAGCGACAUUUAUGCCCGUCAGCAGAGUGUGUAUCACUACUACCUGCUCAGUGCCCUCGCCGUUUUAUUGCUUGCGGUGUGUCACGCACCAAGCAUGUUUGCUGAAGCGAGCAGAGAGUCCUUCAUAUCGGCUGUCGAGUUGGUCAAGGGCUUUUCGCGCCACGGUACAGCUAGUCGUAGGCUCUGGAAGAGCAUCCGAGGUCUUCUGCCUGUUGUCAAGUCGUUAGGUCUGCACGGAGAAGCAGGACCUCAAACGAGCAAUCCAACAACUAAAGAAGUUGGCGAACUUCCAGCCACAACUAGCGUGCAGCAACCGCUACAGCUGGAUCCGACCACGGCCGAGAUGCCCAACACAUGGAAUGGAGGGGAUGUCAACUUCGACACAGACUUGGGGUCAAUGCCUGACAUCUUCAACAUCGGCGACGAACUCAUCGACCUAUAUGACGCAUUCGGCACUGCAGCGACCACGCAGCCAAUGCAACCGGAUCCAUCGACAGAGAACUUUGGUGAACAGGGUCUGAGUGUAUGGGAGAUUGUAGAGAUAUCACGGCACUUCCAAGGUCUUAUAUGA